AUGAGUGCUGUUGUUUUGAUUAGAGAUGCCGAUGGGGCGUACAUAGAGGCUCGCGCGCUCCUGGACACGUGUGCAAAUGCGAACUUUAUGACCGCGGAUUUAGCUAAACGAUUGCGUCUCCCUACUAGGCCUUGCUCGAUUCCGAUCGGAGCAAUUAACGACUUGCGAACUACCACGAAACAUUGCGUCGAUGCCCAAUUUAAAGCGUUACAUUCGGACUUUAAUAAGCGUUUAACUUUCCUCACCGUUCCCAACAUAACUAGCGUCACUCCGGAGGAACCGUUUCCUCGCGAUUCGAUCAGGCUACCCAAGAACAUCAGGUUAGCGGACCCUCAAUUCCAUCUCCCUCGACAAGUCGACAUUUUAAUUAGUUCUGGAGCAACGUUGUCCAUGCUUUCUAUAGGUCAAGUUAACUUGUCUAGGGAAGGAAGCGAGUUAUAUCUUCAGAAGACUCAGCUAGGAUGGGUGAUCGUUGGUGGUAUUGACACCGACAAGAUUUCAACGGUGUCGUGUCAUCUUUCUCAGUUAGAAAAGCAGCUGGUUCAAUUUUGGUCUCUGGAAAAAUGCUCCAGUCCGGUUGAGCAGGCUGACGACAGGUUAGAAUGCGAGAAGUGGUAUGUCGACACCACGGUUCGACUGUCUAACGGACGGUACAUGGUGAGAUUGCCGUUUCGGAACAAGGACCCGGUACUAGGGGACUCGAGGGCGCAAGCUCUCAAGCGGUUCCGGGGAUUGGAACGGCGAUGCAGCCGUUCGUCCGGCAUGAUGGAAGAAUUCAGUCGUGUCUUUCAGGAAUAUCUCGAUUUGGGUCAUAUGUCUUUGGUGGUCGACGAGAAUGACUCGGAAUAUUAUCUUCCAUUCUUGAUUGUCGUUAAGAUUUUGAGCCUUACUACCAAGUUUCGAGUCGUUUUCGACGCAUCCGCUAAGUCGUCGUUAGGUGUGUCUUUAAACGAUCUGUUGUACGUUGGACCUACGAUUCAGGACAAACUUUACGUUCAUCUAGUAAGGUUUCGAUCGCAUAGGUACGUUCUCACUGCUGAUAUUGAAAAGAUGUAUCGGCAGAUACUUAUCCAUCCCGAGGAUCGCCGAUACCAACGCAUUUUCUGGUAUCGCGACGGGAAACUACAGGUGUACGAGUUGAACACAGUUACGUUUGGCGUAUCUUCUGCUCCAUAUUUAGCGAUUCGAACUAUUCAUAGGCUCGCGGACGACGAAAGCGCGCAAUACCCCCGAGCGGCCGAGAUUCUCAAGAGGGAUAUGUAUGUAGAUGAUCUGCUGACAGGCUCAGAUUCUUUAGAUGAGAUUUUGAAGGCGCGUGAUGAGAUAAUCACCGUCUUAAAGCAUGGUGGAUUUAACAUCCGGCAAUGGGCCUCUAACCAUAACCAUGCAUUAGAUAAUUUAGAUGAGAAGGUUCUGAGCUUGGCACCAGAUGGCGAGGACGCGGUUUUAAAAACAUUAGGCGUUUCCUGGGCCUCUAAACGCGACGAAUUGGCUAUCGUAGUCAAGCCCGUAGAAAUCCCCCCUAACGUAACUAAACGCGUAAUCUUGUCGGAGAUUGCGAAGAUUUUCGACCCAGUAGGUUUAGUAGGACCGGUAGGUUUGCACGCGAAGUGGAUCAUGCAGGAAUGUUGGAAGGAGAAAGUUUCUUGA